GGAUUUGAAAUAUGGAUGUACUGCAGGAACCGAAACCGAAGAAAAAAUGUAUUGUUAAAGAGUUUCCUCUGCCGAUUAUUUUGAAUGGGGAAGGCAUUUAUAAGUUUAAGGCAGUUUAUAGAGAUUUUUGCGUGGUGGUUGAGGAGGAUGAGAAUGUCAGAAAAUUAGCGUCAAUGGGAUGUUUUGGGAAGGCCAAUUUUUCCCGCAGUUUUCCUACGUUUUUACAGGAUAAGGUGGAAAUUUUAAGAGAAAGACAAUAUCAACGAAGAAAAGACUGGGGAAAAAUUACAGAAAAUAAAUUUAUGAGAAAAGUUUUAGUUGUCCCUGACAGUGAUAUAGAAACAGAAAUUGAUGAGUACUUGAAAGAAGUUAAACCUAGAUAUGAAGUUGAUCGAUCUGGAAUUACGGAAAAACUUUGGUUGGGUUUGGAGGAAUCGUUUUUUCUUUGCAGUGCCAUAAGAUGUUUAGACAUUUAUUAUGAAGACAAAGUUUUAAAUGAGGAUGAAGUUUGGAAUUUGUUUUCUAAACACGAUGCGCUUUUUCAAGAAAAUUAUAUCGCAUAUUUCUAUUAUAGAUCUAAAAAUUGGGUAGUCAAACCUGGAAUCAAAUUCGGAGGCGAUUUUUUGUUGUACAAAGAAGGUCCACACGCCUAUCACGCUUCCUUUGUGGUAAUUUUGGACAUACUGGAUGAGAAUUUGCAAAGAAAAGAAACGAAUUUCCGCCGAUCUAUGGACUACUCAAAAAUUUUAGGACUUAAUAGACUUUGUGAAACAACUGGAAAGAACAUGGACCGUUUGUUGAGAUUAGGCGGCGGAAUGCCCGGUUUGAGUCAAGCGCCUCCUCCGAACGACGCCCCUGUUGUGGACACCGCUGAACAGGUCUACAUUUCAUCCCUUGCUCUUCUGAAAAUGUUAAAACACGGCCGUGCCGGUGUACCCAUGGAAGUUAUGGGUCUUAUGUUAGGAGAAUUCGUUGACGAUUACACUGUUAGGGUCAUCGAUGUAUUCGCGAUGCCGCAAACCGGCACAGGUGUUAGUGUAGAAGCUGUGGAUCCAGUGUUCCAGGCAAAAAUGUUGGAUAUGUUGAGACAAACUGGCAGGCCAGAGAUGGUGGUUGGCUGGUACCAUUCCCAUCCAGGUUUUGGCUGCUGGCUUUCCGGCGUUGAUAUUAAUACACAACAGUCCUUUGAGGCAUUGUCUGAAAGGGCUGUCGCUGUUGUUGUUGAUCCCAUUCAGUCUGUUAAAGGCAAAGUUGUAAUUGAUGCAUUCAGACUGAUAAAUCCCAACAUGAUGGUUCUCGGACAAGAACCGAGGCAAACAACCUCAAACUUGGGUCACUUACAAAAACCUUCAGUUCAGGCUUUAAUCCAUGGUCUGAACAGGCAUUAUUACUCAAUUAGUAUAAACUACAGGAAAAACGAAUUAGAGCAGAAAAUGCUUCUUAACUUACACAAAAAAUCCUGGAUGGAUGGACUGACAUUGGCUGAUUAUUCUGAAAAUUGCAGUGUGAAUGAAAAAACGGUACAGGAGAUGUUAGAAUUGGCAAAGAAUUACAAUAAGGCAUUGGAAGAAGAGGAGAAAAUGACACCAGAACAAUUGGCAAUUAAGAAUGUUGGCAAACAAGAUCCCAAGAGGCACCUGGAGGAGAAAGUUGAUGUGCUAAUGACAAAUAACAUUGUUCAAUGUUUAGGAGCAAUGCUGGACACUGUGGUCUUUAAAUAAUAUCUCAUUUUUGUACUAAAUCCCUGCUGUAUUAAACUAUUAAGUUCAUCCAGAUAAUUUAUGUUAAAAAUUUAAUUUUUCAAAUAAAUUGGUUUCACUUUUCUUA